AGAGGUCUUAGACGUGUCAAGCUUUCCACUUUGACUUGAAAAUGCCUGAAGUCUAACUGCAUUAGUGCACGACCUUCGUUCGUGCAUUUUCUUACAGCGGAAAAUCUAAAGAAUUUCAAAUCGGAUACGGUCUUACAUAAAGGAGGCAGAAUCUGAGGGUAACAGACACGAAGGACACUCGAGUCGUAGUCACUGAGAACCUGCGAAAGAAAUAAGAAUUACAUCAUAGAUGGAACCAUGGAAGAGAACCGACGGAAAGAGAAUGCUAGGAUUACGGACUUAUCACCAUUACGAUACCUACGCAAUUGCCCGAUAGAGUAACGCCCAUCCGCUAACACGGGACAUCAAUAAAAACUGGAGGGAGACCGGAAGCGGAAAGAGUAAAACUGAAAGAGGGACAAUAAUCGCCAGAAUGACAAAAUAAGCUUUUCCCCUUCCCUACCUACGGAACAUGGUGCAACGAUAUUUCUGGGCGCAUUCAAUUGAACGCCAGCAGCUCCUGCAACUGGAUCGCAUAACUUAUCCGUUAACAUGGGACCUACUUUGCGCGUAACUGCUUUCUUAACGCUAUUCUUGUGCAGCGCUACACUGGAAUGGAACGCUCAUUCACUUUUACAACCUGGAACUUGUCCUCAGUCAAAGUUAAUGCCAUUCCUAGACAUUCACCAGAUAACAGGAAGAUGGAUAAUACAACAACUUCCUUGGCCGUUUCCGCAGUGUUGUCGACAACCAACUUUAAAUUUCGAGGAAGAAAUUGUUGAUCCGAAAAAAGCCAGCAACGAAACGCAGCCUAUUUGGAUUAGAAUGACGGUAGAUUUUCCAAGUUGUAAGAACGAACAAGAGACGUGGCAGCAGCCACUAAGUUGGCGUCUUUUACAAAAUCGUAUUAAUGAAGGCAUCUUUCUUGUUAAACUACCCUGGCCCCUAGAUGUUGUUGGUGUGGCUACGCUGAAUUUCGUUUCGACCGACUAUAAAAAAUUUGCAAUCGCAUAUGUCUGCCAUAAUCUUCUUCUUGAACAUAUUACGAUUCCUUUCAUUAUGGUCCGGAUGCAGACUGAGCUAGACUUCUCCUAUUGGCAACGUAUGAAAUGGGCUUUGAUAAAACAAGGCGUCUUAUCUGCAUGGGCCCUUACGGAGACAAAGGGUCAAUGUAACGAAGUAUUUGAUUAUAGCGCUGAAGAUCUAUUUUACGAAAACCACUCUAACAGUUCGGAGAACUACCCUGUCAAUGAUUCGACCGAAUCAAGUCCAGCUGUUACAUCGCCAAUUAUUGAUGGGCUGAUUUUAAAGAAAGUUCAGUACAGUGGAGAUGAAAAAACUACAGAAAUAGCCGUCAUGGAUCCCGAUGCCGAGUGGAUAACGACAGAAAAUUUUCAGAAACCAGACUAUCCGCCUCUAAACAGCGGACUUUGGCCAGCCGUUUUAAUUGAAAAUCAGCCUGAGUCGGACCAAGUAAUAGGGAAUCCCAAUUAUAUUCCAGCUGCUGAAGUCGCGCCACUGAUUGCGCCUUCACCGGCCACGUCGACUCGGAAUUAAGAAAAGCCAACCCCGACUGGGAAAGAAGAGUUGAUUGAGAUCAUCUUACCUGUAAAAUAUGGUCCACGUAAGAACUGUGUUGGCUCAUUACUUCUUUGACUUCCCACUGGACACGGCUCAUCAUGUUUGUUACAUGUUCUGAAUCAAGAUAUCUAUGGGCAACAAAACUGAAGAUCGGGGUACGUAGAUCAUGAGCCACUGAUGUAAUCUGCAAGAGAUAAGGAAUAAAUAUGAGCGGAAACAGCAA